CUGUGCACCUCCUUCACAUCUGUACCUCUACUCAUCUGUUUUCUCAGAUCUCUGCCACUUUCACAGAAGAGCCAGAAAUGACUAAGUCCUUGGGAUCAGUGUCAUUCAAGGAUGUAACUGUAGACUUCAGCAGGGAGGAGUGGCAACAAUUGGACCUUGCUCAGAAAAGCCUGUACAGGGAUGUGAUGCUGGAAAACUAUUUCAACUUGAUCUCAGUGGGGUAUCAAGUCCCCAAACCGGAAGUUAUCUUCAGCUUGGAACAAGGAGAAGAGCCAUGCGAGGUGGAUGAUAGGCCCCCCUGUCAGAGCUACUCAGAUGGGGAUAUUGGUUUUGAACUUUCACAAGGAAUGUCUGAAGAAGUUUCUUUCCAGUCUGAGAGAAUUAAUCUUUUCACAAGAGAAGACCCAUAUUCUGUUUUAGAAGAAUUAUUGAGAGAUGAUAAACAGACAAGAAGAUAUGAGGAAAAGCAGAACAAAUCUUUAAGUCACAUUGCCUUCAUCAACAAGGAAACAGUGGCUAAUAAGAAGGGCUGUGAAUAUAAGGGCAUUGGAAAAUUUGUUCAUGUCAACACACACCUUGUUCCUUCAAGAAAAAGACUUUGUAAUGAUGACUCAUUUGGAAAGAGUUUGGAGCCUAUUAUAAGCUUAUAUAAUUAUAAUAAGAACAAUGCAACAGAAAAUGUUGAUAAGAUUGUCAGACAUGGUGAUAUUUUUACUCAUAGGAAUUCUCAUACAGAAAUCAAUGGUUGUGAAUAUCAUCAAUGUAGGAAACUUCUGAGUCAUAAGCAAGGUCUCAUUCAACAUCAGAAAGUUCAUACUGAGGAGAGUCUCUGUUUGUUUUCUGACUGUAUAAAAGCUUUCUCCCAGAAGGCACAUCUUUUUGCACAGCAGAAUAUUUGCAAUGAAGAAAAACAGCAUGCAUGCAGCAAAUGUGAGGCAGUCUUCACUCAGAAGUCUCAACUUGCUACACCUCAGAGGGUUUAUGAGGGAGAAACAUCCUAUAUAUGCACUGAAUAUAGGAAGGAAUUUCUCCUCAAGUCAAACCAUCAGAAAACUCAUAAUGAAGAGAAUUACUAUAAAUACAAUGUGUAUGAAAGACCUUUUACCCGGAAGUCAGAUCUGUUCAGAUGCCUGAGAAUUCAUACUGGAGAAAAACCCUAUGAAUACAGUGAAUGUGGGGAAAACUUCUCUAAAAAUUUAGACUCCAGUAUACAUAAAAUAAUUCAUACUAGAGAGAAACACUUUGAAUGUACUGAAUGUGGAAAAGCCUUCACAAGAAAAUCAACACUAAGCAUGCAUCAAAAAAUUCAUACUGGAGGGAAACACUUUGAAUGUACUGAAUGUGGAAAAGCCUUCACAAGAAAAUCAACACUAAGUAUGCAUCAAAAAAUUCAUACAGGAGAAAAACCCUAUGUAUGUACUGAAUGUGGGAAGGCCUUUAUCCGGAAGUCACAUUUUAUCACACAUGAAAGAAUUCAUACUGGAGAAAAACCCUAUGAAUGCAAUGACUGUGGGAAAUCCUUUAUAAAAAAGUCACAACUUCAUGUGCAUCAGCGAAUUCAUACAGGAGAGAAUCCCUUUAUAUGUUCAGAAUGUGGGAAAGUCUUCACUCACAAGACAAAUCUCAUUAUACACCAGAAAAUUCAUACUGGAGAAAGACCCUAUAUGUGUACUGAAUGUGGAAAGACCUUUACUGACAAGUCAAAUCUCAUUAAACACCAAAAAAUUCAUACUGGAGAGAAACCCUAUCAAUGCAAUGACUGUGGAAAAUCAUUCAUCUGGAAGUCACGGCUCAGGAUCCAUCAAAAAUGUCAUACUGGAGAAAGGCAUUAUGAAUGCAGUGAAUGUGGGAAAGCAUUCAUUCAGAAGUCAACACUAAGUAUGCACCAAAGAAUUCAUAGAGGAGAAAAACCCUAUGUUUGCACUGAAUGUGGGAAGGCCUUCCUCCACAAAUCACAUUUUAUUACACAUGAGAGAAUUCAUACUGGUGAGAAACCCUAUGAAUGCAACAAUUGUGGGAAAUCCUUCACUAAGAAGUCACAACUCCACGUACAUCAGCAAAUUCACACAGGAGAGAAACCUUAUAGAUGUGCUGAAUGUGGAAAGGCUUUCACUGACAGAUCAAAUCUCUUUACACACCAGAAAAUUCACACUGGAGAUAAACCCUAUAAAUGUAGUGACUGUGGAAAAGCCUUCACCCGGAAGUCAGGCCUCCAUAUACAUCAGCAAUCCCAUACUGGAGAAAGGCAUUAUGAAUGUAGUGAAUGUGGGAAAGCCUUUGCAAGAAAAUCAACACUAAUUAUGCAUCAGAGAAUUCAUACAGGAGAGAAGCCCUAUAUCUGUACUGAAUGUGGGAAAUCCUUCAUCCAGAAGUCACACUUAAAUAGACACAGAAGAAUUCAUACUGGAGAAAAACCCUAUAAAUGCAGUGACUGUGGGAAGUCUUUUAUUAAGAAGUCACAACUCCAUGAGCAUCAUCGAAUUCACACAGGAGAGAAACCAUAUAUAUGUGUUGAGUGCGGAAAGGCCUUCACCAUCAGGUCAAAUCUUAUUAAACACCAGAAAAUUCAUAUGAAACAGAAACCCUAUAAAUGCAGUGACUUUGGGAAGGCCUUAAACUGGAAGCCACUACUCACUAAACAUCAGAAAUCAGACACUGAGAAAGUAGAGAGCCCAGUGCCACAGUUAUGAUGUGGGGAAGCAGGACAUGACCAAGGCCACCUUUCUUCUAGCUCGUCAGAACUAUGAGUAUCACACAGCUGAUAUCCAGUUUUAUAUAAGGAAGACACUUUGAUGAAAGUGUUUAAGCAAUGUGUAGGGGUCAUGCUUGGUUGCUUAACUGAUAAGGGAGUCGUUAAAUCCCUGCAAAUAAUAGUGAAUAUGCAAGGACAUGACUUACAGUCUUUCUUGUUUCACUUUUUGGAAUCACUGUUAUUCUGACUGAGGAACACCCUUGACUAUUACUUUAAGUAAUUCUACACUCCCAAGCCAAAAAGAAAAAGGGAAAAAAAGGACAAAUCAGCUACUGUAUCUUUUGUCAACAUAGUAUUCAUCUCUAAGAGGAAAAGAAGACUUUCUUUUGAGGAUUUCCUUGCAUCUCAAGAGGGACGUGGGAAUUGACUGAGGAAUGAAUAAUGGCAAACUGUAAGUGGAAUGGGAGAGCUAAAUUUUAAGUCAAUAUAGAUUGGAGGCAUGUGAGAUAUAGACUUUCAAAUCUCA